AUGAAAAUCGUAGGACUUCUUAUUCUUUUGGCGCCUCUGUGUGCACAGGCCAUGAACACUGCGCAGAAAGGCGUUCUGCACGUAGUCUCGAGAAGCGAAAUAACGCCAAGAGCGGAUGAAAUCAUGUUUGACAACAACACGCCCGGGUACUUGUACAACAUAGGAACAGACGGAUACAUCUUCAACAUUGAAACGAUCGGCAUGGGGGAAACAACCUCCGCACUUGCCAUCACGUACAAGCCCGAGGACGCCAUGCAGGUCAAGAUCAUCCGGAAGGCGUUCAAAGACCUGACAUACCAUGUUAUCACGCCCGUAGAGGGCACGUGUGCAGGCAACGACCCCUCCAGCGCUGAGGGCGAGUGCGUGGCCAAGUACACUACGCAGCUGGGGAACAGAACCGGCUUUAUUCUGGACACGGAAAAGCCCAUGUUUGCCAACUACUUCAUGUUUUCGCCUCCUUUAACAACGAAAACACACGCCUUCCAGAUAUUCAACCAAGGCCAGUGCCUCACCUCGGACCCUGCUGGGAUUUUGGACCUGUCCGACUGCAUAGAUUCCCCCUCAAAAAUGAGAGACCGGCAGCUCUUUAUGUGGGUCAACAAAAAGUGGUUUGACAAUGGAAUGCGGAUUCGAGAAGAGGCUGCCAAAGCCCAGAGCUCGGCAUAA